CUCGCAGCAGGCAUCAUGGCCAUGGCCAGUCCUCCCCUGCAGCAUGCCUUCAGGCAAGAACAGCUCUACCUCGUCUUGUAUUUGGACCAGGAGCAUGAUGGGGCAAGGCGGAACCAAAGGAGGGUGCUAAAGCCAAGCGGCAAAGGAUUAUUUGGUGUUACCGUGGUUAAUGACUGGCCUAUCUACGAUGGCCCAGAUCCCAGCAAAGCUAACAUGGUCGCUCGUGCGCGAGGCCAUCAUAUGCAGACGGGCAAAGACGACGAACGCGGCAGCUGGUUCCUUUCUUGCAGCAUCGUCUUCUUGGAUGGCUCAUGCUACCCGGGUUCCACGCUUGUCGUAACAGGAAUGAUCGAGCAAGGGAAUCCCAAGGGGGAGUGGGCAAUUGUUGGCGGCACAGGAAAAUUUAAUCUUGCACAAGGUGCAAUAUACUAUGAUGUGGUGGAUGAUGAUGGAGUAGCUUCAGUUAUAAAAGAGCUUCAUAUUGGCGUGCUGUACACAUCAAUGGAAAGAUCUUCUCUUACACUGAUGUUCUGCGAGUUCAAUCCUUCAGAGGUUGAUGAUGCGAUUGAGAAUGGGACAGAUCUCGGACGAGGUGCCUAUGGCAGUGUCUACAAGGCCAAAAUUCGGAACAAGACAGUUGCUAUAAAGAUUAACAAUUAUGGAAGUUGGCAAGGAGAGCGGGAGUUCAACCAAGAGGUCGAGAUCCUAAGAAAGACCAGACAUGAGAACCUGGUCACCCUCGUUGGAGCAUGCAGCGGAAGGCGCGCCCUUGUUUACGAGUUCUUACCAAACGGCACCCUUGAAGGUCGCCUCGAAAAGGAACCGUUCCCAUGGGAAGAAAGAGUCCGUGUAGCCACCGGCACGGCAUCUGCUCUGCUCUCGAGUUCCUCCACAGCGCCAGGCCUGAUCCCAUCGCUCACGGUGACCUCAAGCCAUGCAACAUCCUUUUCGACGCGGAGUACGUCUGCAAGCUCGACGACUUUGGACUAUCCCGCGCGUUGCGUUAUACGAGCCACAGCAACACCGGGCCAUGUUACUCCUGCGUUUGGCACCCCGUACUACAUGGACCCGGAAUUCAUCCGGAGUGACAGGCUCACCCCUCAGUCUGACGUCUACGCUCUGGGCAUCGUGAUGCUGCAGCUAGUCACGGGGCGAGGUCCAGAGCAUAUCAGAGCUCGCGUGCUAGAAAAACUAGGUGAGGAUGGCGAGACAGAGAUGAUAUGUGAGCAGCUGGUGGAUGCUAAGCUGGAGCUGGAUGGCUUGCAAGUGGAAAAAUCUCGUAUUGGCAUCGCCCUCCGCCAAGUAAGUGAUGCGAGCGCGCUGCCUGACAAGAGUUCUUUGCAUUGA